UAGAAAGCGAAAGCACGAAGCCUUUAGAUCGAAUGCGGGUAUACCUGGUACUGGAUUUGCACUGAUAUCGGGGCAUCCCCGGGAUAAUUAAAAUAUCGCGGAAGACAGGACAGUCACACUGAUCUUGAGAGGUUAACCCCGUACGCAAAUCCGUGCUUCCCCACUUCCUGUCUGCCUUCUGAUCUCGAAAAGCAUGGUUGUCCUGAAAGGCAUUCCUUCAGUGCUCUCGCCGGAGCUGUUAUACACCUUGGCAAAAAUGGGCCACGGCGAUGAACUUGUUCUCGCUGAUGCCAAUUUCCCGUCAUCCUCAACCUGCAGACAUGGUCCAGCUGAGAUAAGGAUGGAUGGUCUGAACAUUCCUGAGCUGUUAGGUGCCAUACUGAAGCUCCUCCCCUUGGAUACCUACGUCGAAAGUCCUGCUGCUGUCAUGGACCUGGUGGACAGUGACAAGCAGAGAGGUGUGGCUGUACCUGUGUGGGAGACCUACAGCAGGCUUCUCCAGGAGGCGGGAUGCCAUAAACCUCUAGAAAAAGUGGAGAGGUUUGCCUUUUAUGAGCGGGCCAAAAAUGCCUAUGCCAUUGUGGCAACUGGGGAGACCUCCCUGUACGGUAACCUGAUCAUUACGAAGGGCGUCCUCCCCGCGGAUGAGCUGUGCUGACCGGCGUGGAUCUGCUGUCGGACGGGAGGUGUGGUCCUGCUGCUGUGGGGGGCCGAAAGGGCAGAGCCCUUCAGGAGGAGAUUGUGCCAUUUGAGGGAAGAUGGAAAAUGUCAAUGUUUAUAAAUUAAAGUGCGACGUGAUUAUG